AUGGCUCUCUCGUUGCUUUUGCUAUUACUUUUCACCGUUCUACUUUCACCAACAUUUGCUCAAACAAAACAUUGCAUAGAGAAUGAGAAAACUUUGUUGCUUGAGUUGAAGAACCAAUUGGUAUUCGAUUCAUCUUAUUCAGAAAUACUGGUGCACUGGAAUCAAAAGGAUGAUUGUUGCUCUUGGGAGGGUGUGGAGUGUGACGACGCAGGCCAUGUUAUCCGUCUGGGAAUCAACAAUGAGGGUAUCUUAGGUGGACUAAACGAGUCGUCGAGUCUUUUCAGGCUCAACUACUUGGAAGAGCUGAACUUGGCACACAAUUUAAUCUCAGGUUCCUUACCACACAACAUUACAAAUCUUAAAAGAUUGUCUUCUUUGGACCUGUCUGGUUGCAGUUUCAGUGGCGCGAUUCCUUCCAUGCUCGGAAAUCUGACUCAACUUGUUGAUCUGAAGAUGGCAUACAACAACUUCGGCGGCUCAAUUCCUUCCGGCCUCUUUGAAGGUUUUUCAAAAGUUGAGUAUAUUGAUUUAAGUAUCAAUUCACUAAGUGGUAGCAUACCCGUAUCUAUGUUUAAUGUACCUUCACUAAGGGAGAUUUACCUCUACCUCAACCAACUUAGUUGGAAAGUGGAUGAAUUUGCUGUUGUAAAUAUAUCUCAGCUUUAUUGGUUAGAUUUCAGCUAUAAUAGACUGGAGAGCCCUAUUCCUAACUCUUUCAUCAACCUUCCAAGUCUCAAUUAUCUUGAUCUUUCUUACAACUUGUUCAAUGAUACUUUUCAACUAGACGAGUUUCUAAGCCUUCCCAACCUUGAAAGUCUACAUCUUUCCAACAACAGCUUGUCACUUUCGAGUUCAUACAGUUUCCUGUAA